ACCACGGCAGUGCGUCGUGGGGCUCGGCGCUCGGCCCGUGGGCGCGUCUCGGAGCGCUGUGGCGUCCCUGAAACCCGCAGCACUGGGAUGGGCAGACGACAGGAACGGGAAAGGUGCCCAUGGCGUCGGAGCGGCGCAAGGUCAAGUACCACUGGGGCAGCACGUCGGAAGGGUGUCCCAGCAAGCGCAGCCGCCCCCGGGAGCCCCGCAAUGUGGCCCCCUCCAGCCGGCCAGCUCGCAGCUGUGCGUCGCGUCCCCGAGGGGCCAGCAGCCCCCAGCGUCUGAAAGGCCGGCGGGGCAACGAUGUGGCGGCCCGCACGGCCCGGAGCUCAGCCCGCCGCCGCACCUCCUCUUCCUCCUCGUCGUCCUCCCUCUCCUCGGGCUCAGGUGCGGGCGGGGCCGCCUCCCCUGGCUUCCUGAUCGCGAGCCCUCGCAGGUUCCUUACGACCAAGGGGUCCCGACCUCUGCACCCCGCCCACUCCUCCCUAGAAGAAAUGGCUUCUCUUCGGAAGGAAGCUUGUAGCGUUAAGGUUAAUUCUAAAGAUAGUACUCGUCACUCUGUGAACUCUGAAUUUGCAACUGAAGCUGAGGGUCAGAGUGAUGCUAUGGAGGAACCCAGCAAGUUCCAGAAAAGGAAGGACAGGCUUCGAGACCAGGGCUCAACAGUGAUCUACUUGAAGGCCAUCCAGGGCAUCCUGGGGAAGUCAAUGCCCAAGAGGAAGGGAGAGGCUGCCACCACUCGGGGGAAGGCAAGCUUGGGAGAGUAUCCAAGCCGGGAAGGACCAACCAGGAAUGUGGAAGGACCAACCAGGAAUGUGGAAGGACCAGCCAGGAGCAGGGAAGGACCGUCCAGGAGCAGGGAAGGACCGUCCAGGAGCAGGGAAGGACCGUCCAGGAGCAGAGAAGGACCGUCCAGGAGCAUUGAAGGACUGUCCAGGAGCAUUGAAGGACUGUCCAGGAGCAUUGAAGGACCAGCCAGGACUACUGAAGGACCAUCCAGGAGUGUGGAAGGACCAGCCAAGAGCCGGGAAGAACUGGUUAAGAGUGUUGAAAGACCAGCCGGAAAGGUUACAGUCACUGUACCUCAGAAGGAAGAGUCACCUACAAAGGUCAGAGUGGAGAAGGAAGAGUCUGUGCUAGACAGGAGUAGCGUCUGUAACAGAAGAGUGGUCACUGUGAAGAAGACUAGUGAGGAGCUGCUUGGUGACCAAAGGACAGUCAUUGACAAACCUUCUCCAGCCCUAGAAUUUUUUGAUAACUCUGACUCUCAUGCAGAUAGUCAAAAGCACACAAACAGAGAGGUGGUGAUUGAGCAUCCCUCUUCAGGGAGUGACUGGUCAGAUGUGGAUGAGCUGGCCACUGUGAGGUUCUCCCAAGAGGAGCCUGUCUUGCUGAAAUACUCAGCAGUUCCGGAAUCAUCUUCCUUCCCCACUGACUAUGUUAUGUACCCUCCUCAUCUGUAUAGUAGCCCAUGGUGUGACUAUGCCAGCUACUGGACUAGCAGCCAGAAGACUCCUGGUUAUCCAUUGGGGGGAUCCAGCAGCCAUGACUUAGCACAGGCUGGGAAGAGCAGCCAGGACCUUUCGAGUGUUCAUUCCUCCAAGUCCACAGUGAGCACCCAGAGCAUCUCCAAAGACCUGGACGUUGCCCAGGAAGGCAGGUCCCAGAAUUCCCAUUCACUUCAAUCCUCCAGAAACACAGAGGAGGAGAAGGAGGAGGUGAAGGGGAAAAGGACAUUCCGAGAGGAGACACCACCUCGCCACACCAGAGAACAUACAUCCAGCUCCUUGCCAAGGAGCCACCGGGAGAUGAACCUAGAGGAGGGUUUCAUCGAUACCCACUGUCACCUGGACAUGCUUUACUCCAAGCUAUCUUUCAAGGGGACAUUUUCAAAGUUCAGAAAGAUUUAUAGCAGCUCCUUCCCUAAGGAGUUUCAGGGCUGCAUCUCUGACUUCUGUGAUCCAAGGACAUUGACUGAUGGCCUAUGGGAGGAACUCCUGAAAGAAGAUCUGGUUUGGGGGGCCUUUGGCUGUCACCCUCAUUUUGCACGCUACUAUAAUGAGAAUCAAGAAAGAAAGCUUUUGCAUGCCUUACGGCACCCCAAGGCUGUGGCAUUUGGAGAGAUGGGCCUGGACUACUCUCACAAGUGCACCACACCAGUUCCUGAGCAGCACCAGGUGUUUGAGAGGCAGCUGCAGCUGGCUGUGUCUCUGAAGAAGCCCUUGGUCAUCCACUGCCGUGAAGCUGAUGAAGAUCUGUUGGACAUCAUGAAAAGAUUUGUGCCCUUUGACUACAAGAUCCAUAGGCACUGCUUCACUGGCAGCUACUCAGUCAUUGAGCCUUUGUUGAAGUACUUCCCUAACAUGUCGGUGGGCUUCACAGCAGUACUGACCUACUCCUCCGCCUGGGAGGCCCGGGAUGCCCUUAGACAGAUCCCGUUGGACAGGAUCAUUGUGGAAACAGAUGCACCCUACUUCCUCCCUCGCCAGGUGCCGAGAAGUCUUUGCCAGUAUGCCCAUCCAGGCCUGGCCUUGCACACAGUUCGAGAGAUUGCCAGAGUCAAAGAGGAGUCACUUUCCCGUACUCUGGCGGUCCUCCGAGAGAACACCAGUCGCCUCUACAGUCUUUGAGCAGGCAGCAUGAGCAGACAUCUUCUGGCAAAGGAUGACCAGUGGCCUGAUAGUAUAGGAUGGCCUCCAUCUGCUUGUGUCCAAGGUGAAGAAUGUGUUGGAGAUCCUGUCAAAACUCAGCAAACCAGGAUGGGAUGUUACUCUUGGAACCUCAUCACAAGGCUUCACCUGCUGGUUGGUGGGUGGGUACUAUGGAGUGGAUUUGGGGAGAGGGGUAGUUUUGCCUCCUGGCCACAUGGCUCCAGGGUAAUCAUUGAGCAAAAACAUUUAUGGCACAGAGUACAAUGAGUUGGCCAGUCUGGAUCCCUGCCCAGUGGCCUGGGUUUCCCAGCAGUCUGAAUAAAGUCACUUCUUUGUCUUAGCACA